AUGGAUAGAGGGAAUGUGCGUGGUAGGAGGCAAGGAAAUAGUGAUAGGGAUCGCCGUUCUCCAGAAAGAAGCCGAUAUGAGAGGUACACGGAAUCGCAUGUUGAGAAGGAUGAUGGUAAAUGGAAACAUGAUUUAUACGAGAGCGAUGGCGAGAGAGCAGCAUAUGAAGCAGAUUUGAGGGCUCAAAAGCAGAACACAGGAUACGUUGUUGAUACCAGAAAAGGUGCCCGGCGCUCUAGAGCUGGAGGCGUCUAUCUAGCCCCAAAGGAGGACGUUGAUGAGGACUUGUAUGAGCAUCGCAAGAGAAAUAGCGGCAGAUGA